GGCAUUUUGAAGCAGAAAUAUCUGAUAGCGUACCGAAAAUCGUAAUCACAUUGGUAGAUACUAUAUAAAUAGAAUUGGGUAUCAUAUAUUUGCAGUCCAUGUGGACUUGUUAAGGCAGUGACAUUAUGAUAUUAAAUCUUGUUCGACAUAAUGUUGCAAGCGUUUCCAUUGUUUAGUUUUGUGAUAGUGUCGGCUUUUUGUUCAUCAGUUGAUCAAUGGAUGCCGAUUCUUGAAGAAUUACCAAAGGAUCUCAAUGAUACGAUUAAUUCUGAAAACCAUGAUUUGGACUAUAAUCAAUUGGUGCUGUCUUUUGUGGUUUUCAGACAUGGCGAUAGAACACCGGAUCAACAAGAGUUAGAUAAAUAUCCAUCAGGACAAUUUAAUGAUAGUAUUUUCUAUCCAUACGGAAAGAAAGCACUCACAAAUAAAGGCAAAGAGCGUGCAUUCCUUGUGGGGGAAUAUUUGAGAGAUCGCUAUAAUGAUAGCAUAUCUCAAUUAUAUUUGCCCGAUGAGAUAUCUGUGCGGACGACAGACUACGCGCGUACUAAGAUGACCGCUCUGGUUGUACUGGCAUCAAUGUAUCCCCCACAAGCAGCUCAGAAGUGGAAUCCUGAAUUGAAUUGGCAGCCCAUACCAUAUGACACAAUGGAAUGGAGCAAUGACGAUCUUCUACAUUUCUCCAACUGCCCACGGUACGAUGAAUUAAAAAACAGCGUUUACGAAGUGCCCGCAUUAAGCAAUGCGAUAAGUUCGUACGAAAACUUAUUUGAAGUAUUAAGCGUUAAAACAGGAACGAAUAUAGAAACACCAGAAAAUGUUUUCUUUUUGGACAAUCUGUUCCAGACAUUGAAUAACACUGGCGUCACACUUCCAAGAUGGGCUGAUGAUCUAAUGCCGAAAAUUAAAGAAAUGACUAAAAUUGAAUACCUUAGUUUAUUCUACAACAAAGAUUUAAUAAGAUUAUCUGGAGGUGUACUCAUGGCUGAAAUAGUUGAAGCAAUAGACGCUGCAAUCGCCGGAAACGAGAAACAAGUGAAGUUACGUCUAUAUUCGGGCCAUGAAAAUAACGUGGCAGCCCUCUUAGCAGCCGCCAGAGUAUUUACGCCACAUCAGCCCAAAUAUGGAUCAACUGUUUCCUUAGAACUUAGAAAGAAUGUGACAACAGGAAAGCACGGAAUAAUGAUCGUGUAUGCCGCGGAAGCUGGAGGUCCCGGUGUUGUUUUACCAAUUGAAGGCUGUGGCGGAAAUUCGAUUUGCGACUACGAAAUGUUUCUUACCCUUAUAAGAGACGUGCUGCUAUCUCGCAGCGAUUAUAUGAAACAAUGUUUUACCCCUCUUUAAUAGUUUAGUAUGAAAAUAUUGAAAUAUUUUAUAUUAUGUUUUAAUAAAUAAAAUGACGUUAUUAUGCGUACGGGUAAGUUUUAAAAAGAGUUUUUUAUUCAACUUCCAUGAAAUUAUUAGAGAAUAGCUAGUCAAGCGUGAUCGAUGACGAUCGCUGGUAAUAAUAAAUAUUUAAAAAAAACCUUGCACCGUUAAUUUUUGUGCAAUCGAUUUUCCUUAAAACAUACUAAUUACAAUUUUCCCAAAAGAGAUACUUUACCUGUAGAUAUUUUGUUAAUUAAUACGUUUUAAUUACGUUUACGUUUUUAUUAAUAAUAUUAUCUGUUAUAUUCAUUGAACAAAAUAUUUAUUACAGAUACAAUAUUAGAUAAUUAAAAUAAACUAAUGACUAAAAUUUUAUUAGGGUUUUAAAUAAUUACCAACUAAUUGGGUUUAGUGACAUAUCAUAGUGACUGAUCGUAUUUAAAAAUGGAAAUCUAAAGAAUAGGUUUAUUAUCAUU